CUUUGCAUUGCGACAGACACGACUCGACGCUCGCUGCUGCACGAUCUUUCGCAAGCCUUCCUGGCUGAGCACAGAGAGCUCUGAUAGAGUGGAAAUCCCCGGCCUCGCCAAUUGCGCCUUCCUCUCCCAGAGCCGCCAUGUCCAAGCGGCAUGCACUCGAGCCGCUCGAGGAUGUAGCCGAUGCGCCGUCGCCAGCCUCGAAACGGGCGCGCGUGGAGGAUGAGGACAUGUCGACUCCCGAGCCGCCGAGCGGCACCACCAACGGGCAUCUCAUGCUCCCCCGGGUACGAGACCGAGACGUGAUAGACAUUCUCGGCGCAGAUGCGGAGGAGCACGCGGAGCUCGUGGAAGCGGGAGCUCUGGACGAGGAUGAUGACGACGACGAGAACGAGCCAGCGAUUGGCGCUCCAAGGCGGCAGAAAGCACCGGAAGCUGGAUACACCGACCUCUACCUCGACACCAUCGACCGCAAAGUGCUCGAUUUCGACUUCGAGAAGCUCUGCUCCGUCACGCUGUCCAACAUAAACGUCUACGCAUGCCUCGUCUGCGGAAAGUACUUUCAAGGACGGGGCCCCAAAUCGCAAGCAUACUUCCACGCGCUCGACGAGAACCACCACGUAUACGUAAACAUGGAGACCAAGAAGGUCUACGUUCUGCCGGAGGGGUACGAGGUCCUGUCCAAAUCGCUCGAGGACAUCAAGUUUGUUGUGGAUCCGCGACUCAGCAAGUCAGAAGUUGCGCGGUUGGACAAGGAUCCUAAGGUGUCUUGGGAUUUGUCGAACAGGGAAUACAUCCCGGGCUUCAUAGGCAUGAACAACAUCAAGGCGAACGACUACUUCAAUGUCGUAAUACAGGCUUUAUCGCACGUUGUCCCACUUCGAAACUACUUCAUGUUGGAGAACUUGUCGAGUCGGCCACAACUUGCGCAACGAUUCAGCACCCUCGUUCGUAAGAUCUGGAACCCCCGCGCUUUCAAGACCCACGUUUCUCCACACGAGCUGCUGCAGGAUAUUGCGCUUCGGUCAUCCAAACGAUUCACCCUCACCGAUCAGUCCGAUCCGGUGGACUUUCUGUCUUGGUUCUUGAACAACCUACAUCUGGCGGUCGGUGGAUCGAAAACGAAACCAGGAUCGAGCAUAAUCCAAAAGAUCUUUCAAGGGACGCUGAAAGUCGAAUCACAAGAGAUCACAGCCCGUGCGGAUGCAGGCGACCGUCUGCGGUUCGAAGACGCGGCUGUCAAGACCGACAUCACCAAGUUCCUCGUCCUCACAUUAGACUUACCAGCCGCGCCCUUGUUCCAGGACGCAUUGGAAAAAAACAUCAUCCCCCAGGUCCCCCUUACUACGAUCCUCAACAAGUACAACGGUCUGCACGCCCAAGAGAAGAUGAAAAACCGGGUGCGCUAUCGGCUACUACACCCGCUGCCCCCUUACUUGCUGUUCCACAUUAAGCGCUUCAGCAAAAACAAGUUCGUAUCCGAGCGGAACCCCACCAUCGUCACUUUUCCUGCGCAGUCUCUCGAUAUGGCCCCCUACGUCGAACCGAAUCCGAAAGAGUAUCCACCAGGCGAACCCAUCUACUACGAUCUCGUGGCCAACAUCACCCACGAGGCCGUCAAGAAGAAGGACGACAGUGUGGAGGGCGAGCAGGACAUGAAGGUCUGGAGGGUGCAGCUGAAGGAUCGAAGCAGGGAUGAGUGGUAUGGCGUACAGGACCUUUUCGUAGAGAAGGAGCGAGGCGAGACACUGUUUACGAAAGAGAGCUACGUGCAGGUGUGGGAGAGGCGGAGAGGGCAGGCUGGUCCAAACGCCGUCAACAAGGGCAAAGCGAAAGCAUAAUAGAUGCCCGUGGUAUUGCUGUUGGGAGUGCCCUCGCCUUGCCAGAUGGAGAUUUGCGCCUAUCUCUUCUUGUACUCUAGAACAUGAGGAAUACUCUGUCGUUUUGUAUACCCAAAAAUAAAUCGCACCAAUCCACA